AUGUCACGUCACAUAAAGGAGCAUUUGAACGUAGUCGGUGAGAGAAAGAAAGUGUGUGCGUGUGUGUGUCUGUGUGUCUGUGUAUUUAUGUAUGUGAGUUUUUAUGUGCAUUGCACCACUUCAAAGGUUGUGCUUUCCUGGUCUAAUAGGUUGCUUUUUCAACAUUUUUUAUACGCUGUGAGAAAAUGGUCAGAUUGGUGGCAAGGUUAG